AUGAAGAAAGAGGCACAGAAGGUGCUGAAAGGCGCCGCGUACACGGAGGCUAGCCCAAUUUCAGAAGUCUCCCAUCAGAAGGCGUCGGCCAGCAAGGCUUUUCUUGAGAAUCACUACCGUGGUAUGUUGCGGGAGACGCGUAGUGGUGGUAGUGCACGCCCGGUUGGCCCGCGACAACGGGAGCCGUGUGCGGAGGAUUUUGUUCUCUUGAAACUCAUUGGCAGGGGCGCCUUUGGUGAGGUGUACGUUUGCCACCGUAAGGAUGAUGAAGAAAAGCAGCUGUAUGCCCUUAAGCGGAUGCGGAAGACAGAUAUGGUUCGCAAAAAGCAGACGGUUCAUGUGAGGUCAGAGAAGGACGUCAUGGCGGAGGCAGCUGCGAAGAAUGAAUGGGUGGUGCGUUUGCACCUUAGCUUCCAGGAUGAGACUUAUCUCUACAUGGUGAUGGAAUACAUGCCGGGAGGCGACAUGAUCUCAUGGCUUUGUUUAAAACAAAAGUUUGACUUGGAGAGCACGCGGUUCUACAUUGCGGAACUUUCCGCUGCUGUCGCAAGUGUUCACGAAAUGUGUUUUGUACACCGUGACAUUAAACCAGACAACAUAUUGUUGAGCGCCAGUGGACACAUCAAACUUACGGAUUUUGGUCUAUCCAAGCGGUUUGCGAAGGCGGGUGAGGAGCUUCUAGAUCUCGAAGAAAGUGCCUUGCCGGAAAGCACAACACUCAGUGAAAUGGCAGGGAAGCCAGACACCGCGUCACCAGCCGAGAGACAUGGUGUAGUGCAUUUCCGCGAUCGACGCAUGUUUGAGUCUAUUGUGGGUAGUCCCGGCUACAUUGCGCCGGAGAUCUUGCUGCGUCAGCGCUAUGGUAUAGCGUGCGACUGGUGGUCUGUUGGUGUCAUUAUGUACGAGAUGUUGUACGGUAUCCCGCCCUUCUUUUCACCAAACCCGAACUCCACCUGCUACAAGAUCACACACUGGCGAGAGUAUCUCCUUUACCCUGACAACUGUGACGUGCCUGAAGACGCGGUGGAUUUUAUGCAGCGCCUGAUGUGCGACCCCAAAGAUCGCCUUGACUUUAGCGGCAUCAAGAAACACGCCUUUUUUUAUGGCAUCGACUGGGAACGUUUGCGUGAGACGAAAGCCGCUUUUGUACCGGCGCUGACCAAUUUGCUUGACACAAAGUACUUCCCCGAGAUUGACGACGGGGACAAAGUGCAACGGGGUGAGGAGCGCAACAUUGUGAAGGAAUAUGACCCACACGGCGUCAUGUUUGCGGAUUACAAGUUCAUUCCUUCACGAUGA